AUGCAUGGCAACGCUGGGGGUCAGAUUCGGUGGUAUGGGUUGUUGGAGGGGUCGGAAGUCCACAAAGCGGUGUUCUUGGAUGAGAAGGGAGAGGAGAUGGAUGGAUGGGCACACGUGGAAGAGGGUUGCAAG